ACAAGGAAGUAUUUGGGUUCCAGAUAAACAACUUCUUUACCUGCUACACGAGUGAUUCAACCUUUGUAGGUUCACACUGUGCUGUAAAGAAGUGACUCUUUCGCUUGCUUUUCUGCAGGGAAUAUUUGACUUGUUUUUUGUUUUGUUUUAUAUUUGUUUAUGGUAGGCUACUUUGUAGAAUAUGAAGUUAACAGUUUUGCCUUUUGGCCUGCACUAAAAAAAAAAAGAAACGUAAUACAUUAUUGUGGGUAAAGGAUUUAGAAUGAUAAAUUAUAUACAACAAGUGCAAGUAGGUAAACUGCUUACAUUCAGGAGCCAAAGAAGUGUUGCUUGACUGACAGCCUGGCAACAUAGACAAAUGGAGUGAUACAAACAGAAGCUUCACUUCUCCAAUCAUAUAAGUGGACUGGAACUAAUUGUUUUAUAAAUAGUUCUUUUAAGAUAGAGAAUCUUUUCAUCCUUGAGCUGAUUGCAAAGAAAUGGCAGAAUCUUCAGGAAGUGAAUAUCAGGAGCAGUUCAGCUGUCCCAUCUGUUUGGAUCCACUGAAGGAGCCGGUGACGAUUCCAUGUGGACACAGUUACUGCAUGAACUGCAUUAAUGACUGUUGGGGCCAAAGGGAUCAGGGCCCACCAUACUGUUGUCCCCAAUGCAGAGAGACCUUCACUCAAAGACCUGUACUGAAAAAGAACACUGUUUUAGCUGAGAUGAUGGAGAAGCUGCAGAAGAUAUCCACACAAAUUGCUUCCUGUUCUCAAGAGGAAGGUUGUGUGGAGUGUGAUGUUUGCACUACAGAGAAGAAUAGUGCCAUAAAGUCCUGUCUGCAGUGUUUGGCCUCAUUCUGUGAAACUCACCUGCAGAUUCACUAUCAGUCUCCUGCAUUUAUGAAGCACAAACUUGUCAAAGCCUCCACACACUUUCAAGAGAACAUUUGUCUCAGUCAUGGAAAACUUCUAGAGAUUUACUGUCAAGAUGACUGUCAGUGCAUUUGUUGUUUGUGUACUGAUAAUCAUAGAGACCACUGUGUGGUAUCUGUGGAAUCUGAAUGCACUAAUAAAAAGAAACACUUAAAGGAGACAAAGGUGAAAUGCCAAAAGAUGAUUCAGGAGCGAGAGAGAGUUCAACAGGAACUCAGUGAGGCUGUGAGUUUUCUUAAAAUCUCAGCACAAGAGGCUUUGGAUGACUGUGAGAAGGUUUUUACUGCACUCAUCUGCUCUCUUGAGAAUAAAUACUCUGAGAUGAAAGAUCUAAUCAGAUCUCAGGAGAAAGCUGACAUAGAUCAAGCAGAGAACCUUCACAAACAGCUGGACCAGGAGCUGACAGAACUCAGACAAAGAGAUGAGGACAUACAGAAACUUUUAAUGACAGAUAAUCAGAUCCAUUUUCUGAAGAGUUUUCAGUCUGUGUGUGACAUACCCAGAACUGAAGACCUUCCCAACAUCACCCAGCACCCUCAACUGUCUUUUAAAGAUGUGUCAAUCUCAGCAUUCAAAGAGGCUUUGGAGGAUGUUUGUCAACAAGCAACAGCCAAAAUAUCACGAGAAGUGUCAAAUGUCCAUGUUGCACAGCCUCCAGAACCUAAAACUCCAAGUGUAUUUUUGCAAUAUUUCUGUCAGCUGCAACUGGAUCCAAACACUGCACACAAAAAACUCAAACUGUCAGAAGGGAACAGAAAAGUAAUGUACAAAAAUAACACCCAGGACUAUCCUGACCACCCAGAUCGUUUUGACUCGUAUUGCCAUGUCUUAUGUAGAGAGAGUUUGUGUGGUCGUUGUUACUGGGAGGUUGAGUGCAGUGGGGGCGACUGGUCUGUAGCUGUUUCCUACAAAGGAAUUGGUCGUAAAGGAGAAGGUGAGAACUGCAGACUUGGCUUCAACAAAAAAUCCUGGAGACUGGGCUAUUUUCAGCUGAAUUUCUGUUUCAUUCAUGAUAAAGAGCAGGUCUUCCUCCCUGCUGCCUCUAGAAUAGGGGUGUAUCUGGAUCACAGAGCAGGAACUCUGUCCUUCUUCAGUGUUUCUGAUAAAAUGACCCUCAUCCACAGAGUCCAGACCACUUUCACUGAACCCCUCUAUCCUGCAUUUGGGAUUUCAGCCGGUUCAUCUGUCACAAUCAUAGAGAAGGGGAGAAUUCAUAUAGACUAGAAAUAAAAUUAGAAUGUAAUUAGAAUAUAAUUUACUUAUUUAUUUGGAAGCGCAAUUUAAAAUAAGGUUUUAUUAAACCGCACUCUUAUGACUCGAAGGCAUUACUAUAUUACAGCUUCUUUUUCUGUUAAAGCAUGAUUUUCUGUAAAGCUGCUUUGAAAUGAUGUGUGUUGUGAAAAGCGCUAUAUAAAUACAAAUUAAUUGACUUGAGAAUGCAUCAAAAAUACAUGAAUAAACAGAUUAAAGGAAAUCUAUUCUCAAAUGUAAGUCAGUGGUGCAUAAUUCAUGUAUUAAAAAGGAAAUUUUCUGUUAUGUUUAGAAACCAUGAAAUACUAUAACUGUUAAUCUUUUAAUACAUGUUUGAAUAUGUAAUAAACAUGAAUCUUUAAUUUCAUUCGUAAUGUCACCAAAUAUGAAGAGUCAGUUCAUUCAUGUACGAAAACAAUUUAGCAAUCCACUUAUACUGUAUGUAGCGCUGUUAAGUCCAAUUCAUUUUGGUGAAUCAGUUUGUUUGGAGGUUCUUGUAAAUGAAUCAGUUCAAAUAAACAAUUCAAAUCAAAAACAAAUGACUCACUUCAGCACCUGCACAGAAGUUUUGUGUUUUCUUUUUUGAAGCAUAAUAUUUAGGUAAUUGCAGCUGCUUAUCAUUAUGUUUUCUACUAAGUUAUAUAAAAUAGUGUUUUAUUAGUUGUAUUUUAUUAUUUUAUAUAAAUUUAUGUUUAGUGUUCAAUUUACAGAAACCUUCGUAAUAUGUCAUGCAA